AAAAUCGUACAAGAAGUUGGCACGUCUUUCGAAACUACGCGGUUUUUAAAUGAUUUAAAAAUAAAUAAAAUAAUACUCAUACAAUAAAACUGGGUGCAAUUGUAACGACAAAAAAUUGUUUAACAGUGUAAAAUAACAUUGAUACGAUUUAAAUAUUAGAUUUAAUUUUGGCUCGCAGCACAGGGUGUUAAUUAAACCUUAAAUAAUUGUUAAAAAUUACAAAAAUUUAAUUUACUGCUGCAUUGCUGGAAAAUUUUAUAGGAUUUAUAUACAAACAUCAGGAACUUAAUAUUGAACUGAUCCGUUUCAAUCCCGUUCGGUUGUAUAUAUUCGAAUCCUUUCCUUAUGAUUUGUUAAACGAUUCGCAUUGGAAAUAAUGAACUACAAUUAUUAUAGUAUAGCCAGUUUAUUGGCAUUAUUAUGCCUUACAUCGGGGAUAUGGCAAACGACGGAAGCCUAUCAAAUCGGUUUGGGUAGAGCUGAUAUAACGGGUCCACCUGUGGAAAUUAAUUUUAUGGGCUAUGCCAGCAUCAAACAAGUUGGCCGAGGCAUACACUUGAGACAAUUCGCCCGUGCUUUUGUGGUGGAAGAUGAAAAUAAUAAACGUAUAGCCUUUGUGUCGGUAGAUGCCGGUAUGAUGGGCUAUGGCGUGAAGCGUGAGGUAAUUAAACGUUUGAAAGCACGUUAUGGAGAUAUUUACACCAAUGAAAACGUUGUAAUUAGUGGUACACAUACUCAUGGUGCACCCGGUGGUUUUCUAAUGCAUCUUUUAUAUGAUAUAUCCAUUUUGGGCUUUGUUCCUCAAACUUUUGAGGCCAUGGCUAAUGGUAUUUAUUUGAGUAUUAAACGUGCCACCGAUAAUAUGGUAGAUGGCAGAAUAUAUCUUUCUCGCACUGUUAUCCUCAAUGUUAAUAUCAAUCGUUCCCCCACCUCAUAUUUACGCAACCCUGCCGAGGAACGUGCCCAAUAUGAACAUGAUGUGGACAAAGAACUGACCCAAUUGCGUUUUGUCGAUCAUGAGAAUAAUAUAAUGGGUGUUUUCAAUUGGUAUGCUGUGCAUGCUACUUCCAUGAAUAAUACCAAUAAAUUGGUAUCCAGUGAUAAUGUGGGUUAUGCUUCUUUACUAUUGGAAAAGGAAUAUAAUGCUAAUAAAGUGCCCGGAAAGGGUAAAUUUGUAGGGGCUUUCUGUUCCUCCAAUUUGGGUGAUGUUUCCCCUAAUAUUUUGGGUCCUAAAUGUUCUCUUACCGGCAAUCCCUGUGAUUUGCUUACUUCUAAAUGUCCCGUCAAAGAAGGUGAAUGUUUUGCUUCUGGUCCUGGUAAAGAUAUGUUCGAGAGUACGAAAAUUAUUGGUGAACGUUUAGCUGAAGGUGCUUUGCGAUUACUUAACGAAGCCAGCGAAGAAGACAAUAAUGGACGUGAAAUUACCGGCGAUUUAAAUUAUAUACAUCAAUUUGUUGAUAUGCCCAAUUACAAUGGCACCACCUACAGUCCUCUCUUGCGUAAAAUUGAUAAAAUUCGUGGCUGUCAGCCGGCUAUGGGUUAUAGUUUUGCUGCAGGUACUACAGAUGGUCCUGGUGCUUUUAAUUUUGAACAGGGUACCUUAACGGAAAAUGCUAUGUGGAAUUUAGUGCGUGAUUUUAUUGUACCUCCCACACAGGAUGAUAUAUCCUGUCAUUCACCAAAACCUAUACUUUUAGCUACCGGCAGGGCUACUUUCCCUUAUGAAUGGCAACCGAAAAUAGUACCCACUCAAAUAGUGCAAAUUGGUGAUUUGAUUAUUACCGCAGUGCCUGGUGAAUUUACAACCAUGGCUGGUAGACGUUUGCGUAAUAAAGUGAGAGCUGUAGCAGCUGCUACUGGUGGCAAAUAUGUUGAUGUUAUAUUGGCGGGUCUAUCAAAUCUCUAUUCCAGUUAUAUAACCACACCAGAAGAGUACCAGGCUCAACGUUAUGAGGCCGCCUCAACAAUUUUCGGUCCCAAUACACAUACCAUAUACAUGGAUGUAUUUGAACGUUUAACCAAGGCCAUGUUAAGAGGAGAAAUUGUAGAUCCUGGUCCAAAUCCACCUUACAUGAAUGAUCGUAUGUUGUCCAUGAAUACAGGUGUUAUAUUCGAUGGUCAUCCUUUGGACAAAGAUUUCGGUUAUGUCAAGAAACAACCCAAAAAACAAUAUAAAAUUAAUGAUACCGUAGAGGUUACUUUCGUAUCGGGCAAUCCACGUAAUAAUCUGUUCCAUGAGAAAACAUAUCUUGCGGUAGAACGUAAAAUCAAUGAAGAAAGAUGGAAAGUUGUGCACACCGAUGCCAGUUGGGACACUAAAUUCAUUUGGGAACGUACACAUUUGAUUUUGGGUUUCAGUGAUGUUCACAUACAUUGGUCCAUUGGACCCAAUACAUUACCCGGUGAAUAUCGUAUACGUCACUUUGGCAAUUACAAAUACAUUUUAGGUGGCAUCUUUCCCUACGAAGGCCAAACACAUUCCUUUACGGUUAUAGAAGACUAAAGUACCAAAAAGUAUUUUACGCAUAAUAGUGUUAUAAUGGAGUCAUCCCUCUAUCUAGAGGAUCUAGUGUUGUUUGUGCUGUUUGGUCUAGUCACAGACUGUAUGCUUCAGGGUGUAAAUAUUUAAAGAAAAAACAAAAAAAAAAACAAAAUAUUUUUAUAAAAAAAGAAUUGUUUUAGCAAUUUUUUUUCAAUAUUUAUUAAUUAAUUUUUGUUAAAAUUUUGUAUAUAAAUUAGAGAAUAAUUUAAUAUUCUAUUAAAAGCUAUAUGCAUACAACCAAAUACUUUAUUCAUAAAAAAAAUAACGAAAUUUAAUUAAAAAUGUUUAUGUUUUAUGAUUUUGUAAACUUGUUAACAAAAUUUAUUAGUUUCUUUUUAUGAAUUAAGUGCGAUAAUUUAUAAUUCCUACUUAUUAAAGCUUUAUUUUUAUAAAUAUGUAAAUAAAUUAUAGUUAUACAAAAAAA